AUGGGUUUUGGAAAUAAUUCACGAGGCGGCGGCGGUAAUCGAGGUCGUGGUGGCUUCAGAGGAGGACGCGGUGGCGAUCGUGGAAGAGGUCGCGGUGGCAGUCGAGGCGGUAGUGGAGGAUUCGGAAGCCGCGGUGGCAGCCGAGGUGGCAGCCGAGGUGGUAGUGGAGGAUUCGGAAACCGCGGUGACAGCCGAGGUGGUAGCCGCGGAGGAGGUAAACCUUUCCGUGGUGGUCAAGAUCGUGGUCGUGGUGGAAGUAGAUCCUUUGAUACCAAGCGUGAAAUGAUGACCGAUAGUAUUUACGUUGGACAAUUACCAGCCGAUGUUCAAGAAAAUGAUUUGAAAAAAAUUUUUCCAAAAGCAUCAAAGAUAGAAAUCACACCAGCUGCAGGGACCCGACCGGGACAUGCUUUCCUUGCUUUCCCUGAUGAUGCUUCAGCAGCUGCAGCUGUGAAACAAGGUGCUACAUUCAAGAAUACACAGCUCAAAGUCGGAUUUCAAAACAAACGUGCUGAACCACAAAAGCGAUCAUCGGAUGGCAAUGACAAAUCAGGUCCCAAAGCUAAAAAACUCAAAGGUGACGGAGCUGCUAACGGUGCCAACGCCAAAGCUAAAAAACCAGCUGCUUCUGAUGAUGACGACGAAGAAGAUGAUGAUGAAUCGAUGGAUUUCGAAGGUGAAGGUGAAGAUGAUGAUGAAGACGAUGAUGAUGAAGAAGAUGAAUCAGAUGAAGAAGAUGAAAAAAGUAUUAAAAAAACUGUUGCAAAAAUGGUAGCAGGUGGCAAAGGAAACAAAGCCGCAGCGAAAGGAGCUGAAGACGAAGAAGAUGAUGAUGAUGACGAAGAUGACGAUGAAGAUGAUGAUGAUGACGAUGAUGAUGAUGACGACGACGACGACGACGACGAUGAUGAUGAUGAUGACGACGAAGAUGAAGAAGAUGAAAAUCCAACUAAAAAAGCAACACCAGCAGUCAAUCAGAAUAAAAAUAAGGGCAAACCAGAAUUGACUAAACCAACUGUCAUGAAUACUUCAGCUCAGAAAAAGACCAAAGAUGCUGAUCAAGCCGUCGCGAAUAAAUCUAAACCAAACGAAGUUCAAAAGCGAUCAGUUGAUGGCGCCGACAAAUCAGGUCCACAAGCGAAGAAACCUAAAAAUGAAUCUGCAAUCAGUGCCAAAAAUGGAAUUAAAGGCAAAGGAAAACCAACUGAAGACGAUGAUGAUGAAGAUGACGAUGAUGACGAUAGCGAUGAUGAAGAACUCGAUUUUGGUGAAGAUGAUGACGAUGAUGAUGAUGACGACGACGAAGAUGAUGAUGACGAUGAAGAUGACGACGAUGACGAUGAUGAUGAAGAUCAAAAACCUGCGAAAAAAUCAGCACCCGCUUCGAAACAAAAUAAACCAUCGGCUGACAGCGAUGACGAAGAUGAUGAUGACGAUGACGAUGAAGAGGAAUCUAAACCUCCAGCUAAACCACUCAAAUCUGCUUUAAAACAAAAGCCAUCAUCGACUCCAGCUAAAACCGAAACAAAACCAGCACAAAACAACAAACCAACACCUCAACCAAAACCCGCGCAAAACAACAAACAAUCUACACCAGCUGCUGAUAAACCAUUGAACAAAACACAAUUGUUUAUCAAUUCCAUCAAAGAAAGCGUUUCUGUAUCCGAUUUGAAAUCGCUUUAUCCUAAAUCGACAACAGUUAAAAUGCAAAAGCGCAAAGUCGGUCCAAAUCAGAAAACUAUUCAAUUUGCUUUUGUGACAUUUGCCAACGAAACUGAUGCUACGGAAGCAUUUAGCGCUCAUUCACAAAUCGGUGGAGAGAAAGUCAAUGUUUCCUAUGCAUUUGCUCAAACUGGUAAACCACAAAAAAAUAACAACAAUGAAUCAAACAAAAAACCCGAACAAAAACAAAACAAACCUGAUAAUACCAAUAAAAAAGCAACACCAGCGAAUGAAAAACCACAAAAAAAAGAAAAACACAAAUCAGAAAAACAACUUUCAACAAAUGCAAUCUACGUCGGCCAAUUUCCCGAAAAUGUCGUUGAAGACGAUGUGAAGAAACUUUUCCCAAAAGCCAACAAAAUUGAAGUAUUUCCAGCUAAAGCUACUAACAAAGGCGUCCGCCCAGGUUUCGCAUUUGUCACAUUUCCUGAUGAUAAUUCUGCAGCUGCUGCGAUUAAACUUGGCCCAUCAUUAACACUCAAAGGUACACAAUUGAAAGUUGCCUACCAAACAAAACGUGCAACGCCUGCAGCAGCCGAAUAA